CCUCUCCCCUCACAGCGAUUUAUGCCCUCUCCUCCAUGAUAGCCAUGCCUGCACCAAACCUGAUCGAAUCCGUGCCUCCCUCAAGGUCGACGCCACCACUUCCCUCAAGGUCGACGCGCCGCUAACCUCAAGGUCGACGCCACCACUUCCCUCAAGAUCGAAUCCGCUUUCUCCUUUCUGCGCUGAACUAGAAGCGGGCUUUCCUAUCCUCGGCGACGCGAGCUUUACUCCAAGGCGAAAAGUCUCUGCUCUUCGCCAGUGGUCGCCGCAGCAGAGAAGGAAGACACGACAGCGAGAGGAGGAUUUCGACGCCGACUUCUCUGUUUAAUGCACUAACCAGAGCUACAGUCACAAGCUGCACUUGUUAUACAACAAAAGGAAAUUGUAGUUGGAAUCUUCAAUUAGCUAUUCUUGCUUUACAACAAAGGACACAUUACCACCCAGCUCAGGUCUUUAGUAAUGGUGAGAUCAAAAAGAUUGAGAGGUUGUACAAUUACAACACUUCAAGAUAAUGAACCUCAAUCAGAUCGUGAUGACUUAUCACCUACCUUAAAUCCUACUUCUCUAGAAAAUCAACCUAGCAUAGAGCCGGAGCCCUCAGAAGAGAAUUCUCAAGUGCAAGAAUCAACAAAUAUUGAAGAUGAUGAUACAUUGGAGAUAAUCGAUGAGCAAGAUAAUUUAAAAAAGAAAAGAGGAUUGACACGUGCAAAAGAUGUUUGGAAUUUGCCAUCUGGACAAAGAAUUAAAGUUGAUUGGAACAAAUUUGGACAACCUAUAAAGAAAGGUGGAGGAAUUUUAGGUUGUUGGUUAGGAAUGGUUGCACGACGUGGGAAUAUGUGUCCUAUCCACUAUAUAAGUUGGAAGGUUAUGCCUAUUGUGCCAUUUAAAUUAGACAUCGUCAAAAUGACUCGAAGUAAGUUUUUUCUUCCACGCGAUGAUAAGAUUGAAACAUGGGUGUUGAAAUCAGUUGGUCGAAAAUGGAAAGACUACAAGCAUGAACUUAAGUCGAAAUAUAAAACGGCUAACCGUACACAAGAAGAGAUUGCUAGUGAUGUUCCUCCAGAAAUUGUGCCACAACAAUGGAUAGAUCUUGUUCGCAAUUGGUUUUCGGAGAGAAAUGAGAAUCUCUCACGAAUUGGAAGGGCUUCUCGUGCAAGUCACACAACUCCUCACACGACCGGUUCUAAGAGUUUUGCACGAAAGAGAUAUGAAUUUGAGGAAGAAAAUAAUAGAGAGCCUGGACGUAUUGAGUUUUUUUGUAGUAACUCAUAAGACUAAAGAUGGAGAAUAUAUUAAUCAAGCAUCAAGCGAUUUUGUGGAGGACUUAAUAGGAGAGUUGGCAAAAAAAGCGACUACGACUGAGUUCUCAAAUGCCACCAAAGAAGUUGAAGAAAAUGUUUACAAGGAAAAAAAAGGAGAAGACCGAUAUGGUCGAGUAAGGGGUUAUGGGAUUGGUCCUACACCGACACAAGUUUUUGGAAUUCAAGCUCAACUAAGAAAUAUAGAGAACGAAAGGCAUGACCCAAUGAAAGAAGAAGUUCAAAGAUUGCGAGCUCAAAUACAAGAUAUGCAAAAGAAACACGAAACGGAAAUGAGUGAGAUAAAAACUUUAUUGCAUAGGCUUGUCGACCAAUCCGUGAACUUGGGUAGUGAGACUAGGGAUUCAUCAUCACUUUAGAUGACUGUGAUUUAUUUUGAGCUUUAUUUUUGUAAAACUUAAAAGAACCAUAACCCUAGAAUUAUAU